AUGCAUGUUCACUUCACAUUGGAAAAUAUUCAAACUGGAAGAAGUAAGUAUUAUCCCCACUCCAGCCUUCUAAAACUAGCUAUUGUUUUUGAAGACUAGGAAGCAAAAGGGUAAGGGGACAUAUCCCUCCUUUAAUUUGACUACACCUGGUCCAGGUCAAUACUCAUCUGCAGUAUUUCAGAAUCUCAGAUUUGAGACAAAAUUUAGAUUUAAUUGCCAUACCCCGUUCCCAAGUGACUCUAGUAUUCACUAGUGGAGACCUUACUGUUACAUUUUAGUCAUUUCAGAGUUCAUGAAUGGUGUCACCACAGGACCCUAUGAUCUCUUAGACCAUUCUUCUGAUUAGAAAAAGCAGCACAGAGUAAAGUAUGAACCAAGAACUAUCAGAGUGACUCAGAUUUUAGAAACCCAGAAAUAGCAUAUGAACAUCAGCUCCAGUUAGCGUUGCCAGUGAUUAGGGAUCAGUUGUAGCUAGUGGCCAUUGGGAAUGGUAGGGGGUAAGACAGGGAGCCCAAUAGUAGUUGGAGCCAGAGCCAAUGACAGACUGAGCCUACUAAUUAAUUCAAGUUUUAUCCCCAUCUUUUCCCCUGCUUAGUUCUACAAGAGACAAUGCUAAGACUAAGGAGGAGGGAGCAGAUAGGCAGUGCUACCAGUCUGAAUUGGUUUUAAGUAAGAGAGCUGGAAGGUGGGGGCUUGCUGUGAGCACCCCAAGUUUGGUGGGGCAGUGUCCCACUUGCCCAAAUGGAUCAGCCUCCAUUAUUAGGGAUGAUGGGAGUUGCUGUUGUUGUUAUUACUACUAUUACUACUACUAUUAGUGUGUAUAUUUAAAAGGUAAAGGUAAAGGACCCCUGGAUUGUUAAGUUCAGUCAAAGGAGGGUGUGGCACUCAUCCUGCUUUCAGGCCAAGGGAGCUGGUGUUUGUCUACAGAUAGCUUUCUGGGUCAUGUGGUGAGCAUGACUAAGCUGCUUCUGGUGCAACAGAACACCGUGAUGGAAGCUAGAGCACAUAGAAAGGCCGUUUACCUUCCCACCAGAGUGGUACCUAUUUAUCUACUUGCACUGGUAUGCUUUCAAACUGCUAGGUUGGCAGAAGCUGGGACAGAGCAAUGGGAGCUCACCACCGUUGCAGGGAUUCAAAACACCUACCUUCUGAUUGGCAAGCCCAAGAGGGCCAGUGGUUUGGACCACAGCACCACACACAUCCCUUAACCUUUUACACACACACAAACAGAGAGAGAGAGAGAGAUAGAUUGUGGAAGGAAGGAAGGAAGGAAGGAAGGAACAUUGGCAGCUCACAUUGGCAGUAAAAAUAUUCCAUCAAUUCAAAUGUAAACUUACAAAUUAAUAUAAGCAGCCCAUGUGUCCUAAUAGCCAUCUAAAUGAAAUUAGCAAUUAUAAGCCAUGCCAUAAGACUGAUUUAUUAUUACUGAAUGCCUGUUUUUAAUCUGUUUUCCCCUCCCCAGUAGUAUUUUUUAGGUUGUAAUCUCUGUUUUUAUCAUACUGUUUUAUUAUUUUUCACUUUGCAUUUUUGUACACUCCUUGAAUAUUUUUUUUUAAAAAAUAGCAAUUUAAAAAUGCUUUUAAAUAAAUAAAUAAGUCUCUUCAUCUGAAUUCAGAUUCAUAGGAACAUGCUUAGAGCUAGAUUGUGGCUCAGAUGAAUAGGACGAUUCCAAAUGGAUGGCUUUGAAUCAGGUACUGCUAAAUCUGUUUUGUAAACUGCUUUGAGGGUUUGUUUUUACAAUCAAAUGGUAUCUAAACCUUUAAAAUAAAUAUACGGUAAAUAAAAAAAACUGUGUAGAGGUCAAUUUUAAUGCAUCAUUAUGCUAAUUAGUUUAUAUUGUAGAUCUCUUGGGUGAGAAAGAGAAAGAAAGCAUUAUGGCAUUGGUUAUUUAUCCCUCCUUAGUUUACUCUGAAGGUUCAUCAGCUAACCUAUUUUUGUGCUCUGAUAUGCUGCCCUUUCAAAUGGGACAACGCAGCCCUUUGGAAACUGGCUAUACCAUGGUGAAUAUAAAAAGCAUAAUGAUACAAAACAGGGGUUGUUUCCAACCUGCUGCUGAUUUUACUGCUAAAACCUGGAGUCAUCCAAUGAAACUGGAUUCUAGAUGUUUCAAAACAAACCAAGGGAAUGACUUCUUCACAGUGUGUUUUGUUAAACUAUGGAAUCCAUUUCUGCAACAUAUGGGAAGGCCACCAGCCAAGUGGCAUUAUGUGAGCUCAAGACACACACGUACUAGGGAAGAGGGAAGGCGCUCUGGAGGUUGUGCACUUGGGGGUGCAGAGGGUGAAGGAGCCCCCCUUGGCAUGCCAGUCCUCACCUCUAACACUACCAGAAUGACCCUGCCCCUCACCGGAACCAAGCAGGGUUGCACUGCACUGCCUGCCCAUCCCCACAUGGGUGAGCCCGGCCAGCCAACACUGGGAGAAGAGUACCGGGCUGCACUGCACUGGAGGCACUUGCAUGCGGGUGCCUGUUUCACGCCCCCUCAAAAAUCCAGCCCUGGGGCCAUGGCCCCUCUGCUUCUUCCAUGCUGUGCCCCUGCACCUGCCUAGGGUGUAAUCUAAACCUGCUUUGUGCCAGACUGGGGGAUUGUAUUGGACAGAGAUGUCCUUCUGCCCUGCCCAGCUGGCCUUUGCCUGCAGAGGUCCACAUUCCAGCCACUAGAGCAUCACUACUGGGGCUUUCUGGGGAUGGGGAGGAGCUGAUCCAGCUCCACUGCCAUUAUGUGACAGCAUUGGGACAAUUUCAAUCCAGCUGCUGUGCCCUCUGAAUGCCAGCAUAGUGUCAGGCUGCCAGAAUAGCCCUGCUGACCAUUGUCUGAUUCUGUAAAUCAGAAGCGGGCAAGUGACUUGAUGGCAAUGCACAACAGGUAUUCCGUUAAAAGAAUCCAGGGACUCGCCAUGCUUUUACCGACCCCUUUCAGGGGGUAGGGCCCCCUGGGAGCAUUUUGGGAUGAGCUUGAGUCACGUGACCGUACCAGUGCUCCGCCACUGUGUUUACCUGUACUGACGAUAUGGUGGGGCCCAGUGGUCAGUGCUGUCCUGCUGAGGUCAGGUGCAGCUAGUCGGGAACCAAUGCCUAAACAAACCACUCACUAUCUGUAAUCAAUAAAGUUGUGACCAAAAUUAUGCCAAUAACCUAAAACUAAAUUCCACGUUGAUUGUGUCUUUAUUAUUGGGAAGCUCCUGGGGAUCUUAACACACAGCUGGCUGCCAUCACUCCUCCUCAUCCAGGCAGUCCCUGAAACAGUGAUUUUUGCCUGCUCCAUGAGCAGUAGAACUCUGGACAUAGCAGUGGCUCUACCACUCCAUAAAGCCACAUCAGACAGAGCCCUUGCAUAACUUUAACAGGAGACUGCACAAAUUAAUGGAGCAGAUCAGUAGCUGCUAUUCAUGAUGGCCAAAUUACUUCCAGCACCAAAGGCAGAAGACCCUGAAUACCAGUUGCUGGGGAAAGACAGCAAGAAAGGCACACCCUCCAACAUUUCUCUGAUGAAAUGUCCCUUUCCCUUUCCAUAAUGAUAUUUUUACUAUUUACACCCCACACAACUUAUUGGGUUGGCCCAGCUACCCUGGGCAGCUUCCAACACAUAUAAAAACAUAAUUAAACAAUAAAAAGGCUUCUCUAUAGAGAAUUGCCUUCAAACUCAGUACCCUCCAACAUUUCUCUAAUGAACAUAGGAACAUAUUAAGGAAAAGUGGGACACUUCAGGAUCAAAUAAGAAACCUGGAUGGCUUCUCUAAAUCAGGGAACAUAGGGACACUUGGAGGGUCUGGAAAGAACUGUUGACUUUGUGUCCUGUUUAUGGGCUUUCCAGAGGCAUCUGGUUGGGCACUAUAGGAAACAGAUUAUUGGAUUUGAGAUAGGCUUUUGGUCUGAUCCUGAGGGGCUAAUCUUAUAUCCUCAUGGUGUUGCUGUAACCAUUCUGCAGGAAGGGAAAUGGAAACAGGAGGGAAAACAUGUUGCAAUACACUUCCUUCAGUUUGGCCUCUGUGGCUUCAGUUCAAUAUAAUCCAGCAGAAAUGGCUUGAGAGUAUCUAAAGAGGGUUUCAUCUGUGUUUGUUUUAUUCAAUUAAAAACCUUCAGCCAGAGCUUUACUCCCCGCAGCUCUGAGAAGGAUAUUUUUCUAUAACACGGCAAUGAUUUACGAUCUACGAGACAGUGUUUAACUGAACGUCAUCCCAAAGCUUGAAGGCAGCUUAUCAAGGGAUUGGUCACUCGAGUUAAUGAAAAAUGGAUCCCUCAUGACAGUCUGUAGUGCGGCUAUAUUUGGAUAACAAAUGACAUGCUGGGCCAGAGGCUUGGCAAUUAAUACUGUGGUAGGAGACGGUAUGCAACAAGAGAGUGAAGCUGAUAUUUUAGAUCAAUACAACCUGUGUUGUUCUCAUCCCAGAGCUUUGAGACAUCUUGCCAGAUGGGAUCCAGGUGAUGGAGUGGGUAAAACAGAAAGGGGAUAUCCAUCUCACAUCAACGUGGACUAUAUCCUUGGCAUUUUCAGGUAGGAUACAGAGAGAGCCCCAUGUGAUACCUUGGAGAGCAGCUGCCAGUUAGUUCCUGAGCUAGAUGAACCAAUGUAAGGCAGUUUCCUUGUUCUUUGGGGGAAGGGCUGUAGCUCAAUAGUAGAGUGUCUGCUUAGCAUGCAAAAGUUCUAAGUGUAUCUCCAGAUAUGGCUGGGAGUGGGAAAGACUCUAUCUGAAUCCCUGGAGAGACAAAACCAGUCAAGGUAGACCAGAGGUGAACCUGUGUUCCUCCUAAUGUUGCUCAUCUACUGGCCCAUCAUCCCUAAAUAUGGUUUGGAGCUGGGACUGAUGGGAAUUGAAACCCAACAACACUUGGAGGGUCCCAAGUUCUCCAUCUCUUGUGUAGAUGUUGAUGUUGUGGGCAUCCAUCAGUGCACCUCUGGGGAUGAAUUCAAGCCACUGUGUUAGCAGCACUGAAGUGACCUCUCUGGGGCACAAGCCUGGGUAGUGUGUAUGGAGGUCCUGGGCUGCCCUGGUGGCAAGACCCCCUCUCUCAGUCUUGCUGAUGUGGUCCAAAGGAGAGUGGAGUAAGAUGUUUAGAAAUGGCUUGGCUGCAGGAGUUGCCAGAAGGAUGUGUACUAGGCUCCAUCCUCCAAGGAUGUGUACUAGGCUCAACUUCAGACUUGUGUAGGAUUUAUUCCUUAGCCUUUUCUUCUUCUGAAGAUAUUCCACAAGGCAGUAGAGGUUUAGGAUCAGUCUUCCUUCUUCUAGAUGAGCUACCGUCCCAGGUUUAGGAGCCCCAUCUGCCCCUCUACAGCACAUGAAGAAACUGCCUUCUUGCCCCACUAUUGGUCUUCUCCACUCAACCCACCUGAGCCUGUCCUUGAUGAGUCCCUAACUCAUCAAGGGUUUGAGACCCAUCAGCUACCUUCACUUGGUUUAGGUGGCAGGUCAAAGGCAUUUACUGGGGUGUGGUUGCUGUCACACGCUGGCAGCUUUUCGGAGCCACAAGUGAGAGCUGAGUGCAGGGUGGAGACCAAAGGUGGACAAACUAUCCCAGAAGGUGCAUGACGUGUCUCCCACCUACUCUUCCACUAACACCCAGUACACCCCAUUUAACUGAGUUAAAUGAACCAAUGGUCUGCCUUCAUAUGCGGAAGCUUUAUAUCUUCCUGUAUUGUAAGGUAUUGAUUUCUAUCUUUUAAAGUAUUUUUUUUUAUUUAGUUAACCAAUGUGAAUAGCCCUGUACAGAAAAAAUGAGAACCAAAACAAGGAACUUCCACAUUUUAAAAAUUGACACUACAGGGCAGAGAUAGGUGAACUCUCUGAAGUUUCUAUUUGGAAUGCAAUCACAAUAGUACUUGGAAGAUCUGCAUCUGCCAAGAGAACUUAGGCUUUGGACCUUGGCACAUUGCUACCCAGCAUAUCAGGGGGACAGAGGUGGGGGAAGGAAAGUGUAAUCCUCCAUCCUAUCAAAUCCCCAUGUGCCAGCAUUGUGACCUAUGCUGCUUACAGGUGUUUGCAAGGUGAAGGACUGUCUGAGAUAAAUUUUUGGCUAGCAAUGAUGAAUAAGACAAAAGAGAGAAUCGCCUACAGAUUGGAAUGUAUCUGAGACAGAAAAUAAUGCAGCCAGCUAGCCUUGAAUGUCACAUUCAUUCCAAGGAUCUCAAACUGGUGUAUGUGGUUAUCCUAACCUCAUUUUAUUAUCAAAACCACUCUGUGAGGAAGGUUAGGCUGAGAAAUGUUGACUGGCCCAAGACCACCCAGUGAGUGUCAUGACUGACUUAGGUUUAGAACCUUUCUCUCCCAGGUCCUAGUCCAACACUUUAAAUGUUACACCACCCUGGCUCUUAAUUGACAAUUUGGAUUGAACACACACACAAAGGGGAUGGGAUGAUUUAAUCCUUAGUUGUAUGUUUUGGUUCUAAUCCAGAUGAGCCCCAUGUUGAGAUUUGUGAUAUAACAACAACACUUGGACUGACUCGGAUGUGAGCUAGAGACACUAUGUUGUGGUGUGUUCAGUCUUAUCUCAAUGAAUGUGAUAUUAGUGGUUAAAGUUCUGGAGUAGGAACUCUCCUGUCAGGAGGCGGAGUCAGGAAGAGUCAGCAGGAGGGUAGAUUCCCUGACUUCUUCAGCAGCUUGCCUCCACUCUGCCUCUUGACUCUCUGCCACAGACUCUCCCUUCUCACCAAGCCCUGUUACCUCUUCAUCUUUCAACUCCUCCUCCCAAAGCCCACAAAACAGGUAACUGGGAUAGACCAAUUCAAAAGUUUCCAUCUGGCAUCCCUUGACCAUUGCCUAAAAAUUUACUGCACUCAGUGCUGGAUAAGGCCUCCCCCUCUCACAAAAGCUGCCUUCUAGAGAGCAUGCUGGCCAUAGUGGAAUUUCUGGUUUUCAUUUGCUGGUGAAAGCAAUGUCUCAAAGGGGAUCCCCAGAGAACUGUGAUGGCAGACAGUCCAUGGGCCUGAUGGUGGGCCAGCGGGCCAGCAACUGGCUUUGCCCUGGCUCCAUCCUCCAUAUGGCUCUCUGUAGCCUUGCAAUUUACAAUUGGAAUCGCAAUGCCACUUCACUCCCUCUUUACCCAGACACACAAAUCCACACAAACAAAACUAGGGUUUCCUAGUUUUAGCAGGCUAGAACAUGUGCAGAUGAUGGCUAGUCAGUCCCAGCAAAGCCCAAGCAGGUUACAAAUAUACAAGACACAUUUUCUUCAUUUCCUUCCAUGCUUUAAAAAAAUGGUGCUCAAGUGGAAGUUUCUUUUGCAAAAAUAAUGUUCUUCCUUGGUUAUUCCCAUUCUCAAAGGCAGAUUGGCUAUAUAUUGACAAGCUGGAAGGUGUGCAGAGGAGAGUGACGAAAAUGACCAAGGGUCUGGAAACCAAGCCUUAUGUGAUGAAAAGUUGAGGGAGCUGGGUAUGUUUAGCCUGGAUAAUAGAAGAUUUGAAAGGAGAUGGGGAAGCCAUCUUCAUAUAUCUAAAGGACUGCCUCACAGAAGAUGCAGCAAGCUUGUUUUCUGCUGCUCCAGAGGGUAGGAACCAAAUUCAUGGAUUCAAGUUACAAGAAAUGGGAUUCAGACUAAAUAUCAGGAAGAACUUUCUGGCAGUAAAAGCUGUUCGGCAGGGGAACAGACUCCCUCAAACAGUGGUGGACUCUCCUACCAUUGAAGGUUUUUAAGUAGUAGCUGGAUGACAAUAUGUGAGGGAUUCUUUUGACGUGAGUCAUGCAUUGCAGUGGGCCUCAGGGUCCCUUCCGUCUCUACAGUUCUAUGAUUCUAUGAUUGAAGAGGUGCAGUUUUGUAUCUGGAGAUAGAUAGAGCUCCUGCCCUUCCAAUUAUCCUAUCCUAGCACAUUGCCCUUUGCAUCUAUCAAUAUGAAGUGGCAGUACAGUUGUAUUCAGUAUUAACUGAAACAGCAUAACUCAGAUUAACCAGAUUAACACACACCCUUGUAAAUAUUCCCCUUUUAGCCAUCCAGAAACUGCUAGAAACACGUCUCUGCCACCUAAGAGCUUAUAGGUAGAGCAUCAGCUUUUAACACAGAAGACUACAGGUUCAUCCUAUGGCAUCUCCAGGUAGGGCUAGGAGUGUCCCCAGCCUUAAAAUGCUGGAGAGCCAGUUAGUACUCAGAUGUACCAAUGGUCCAAUUUGAUAGAUACCAUCUUCUUACAUUCUUCAAAUACAUUUGCUUAGUCCACAUCUUGGGUAAGAGCCAUGGCUCAAUGGGAGAGCCCCGCCUUUGUAGAAGAGUUUGGAUUUGAUAUCCCGCUUUAUCACUACCUGAAGGAGUCUCAAAGCAGCUAACAUUCUCCUUUCCCUUCCUCCCCCACAACAAACACUCUGUGAGGUGAGUGGGGCUGAGAGACUUCAGAGAAGUGUGACUGGCCCAAGGUCACCCAGCAGCUGCAUGUGGAGGAGCGGGGAAUCAAACCCGGUUCACUAGAUUACGAGUCUACUGCUCUUAACCACUACACCACACUGUAUGCAGAAGGCCCCAGUUUCAAUCCCAAGCAUAUCCAGGUAGGUGUGGAAGAGACCCCAGCCUGAAAUCCAGCAGAGCCACUGCCAAUCACUCUAUAUAAUACCGAGCUAGAUUAAUCAAAUAGCCAAAGUAUAAAAUGGCUUCCUACAUUGUUUCUGCCACUUACACAGACUUUAUGGCCCGUUUCAAAUGUCACAUGUGCCAGCUGCCUCACUGGAAUCCCUAGCCUUGAUCCUCUGCCACCCUCUAGUAAUGGGCCAUCAAUUCCCCUGUCCUUGCCCUGUGUUGCUUUGGAUAAAAGGAAAAUGUACGCUUAGGUAGCAACGGAAAGAGAAAUUCCCUUCCAUCUGCUGCUAUAGUGUUGUGCAAACUCUACCCUUGCAAAGAUAAAAUUGAAUUUCUGUAAUACGAAAGGGACAAGAAGCUAAUCAACUUCUGGUUGGAGGGAAGACAAAAUCCAUUUCCUAGAGAGGUUUCACUGACCAGAUUCUCUCUUUUUUUUCUACUUCAGUAACACAAUUCUAUCUAUAUAAAUAAGAAGGAGCAGUUGGACCUCUGCCAAUCUGUAUACGGCAGACAAAAGAAGAGAUCACCAUAUAUUAGAGAAAGAUAUAUCUCCAGGGUAAGUCCACAAUCCUAUACAUCAGAGCUGUUGCACUCCAUAGGAACAAUAGGACUCAUUCAGAGUCAGAACUUUGGUCCACCUAGCUCAGUAUUAUCUACAGUGAUGGACAGCAGGUCUCCAAGGGUUUCAGGCUGGAGAUAUUCCCAAGCCUGGGAACUUCUGCAUGCAAAGCAGAUGCACUAUCACUGAACGCUGGGAGUUCCCUUAAAUGCAUAGCAAUGCAGAAAAAGGGGCUAAGGAAGAUAGAAACCUGCUUUAUAUUGAGUCAGAUGGUGGACUUCAUUGGAGGUUUUUAAACAGAGGUUGGGUGACCAAGUGUCAGAGGUUCUUUAGUUGUGACUCCUGCAUUGCAAGGGAUUGGACUAGAUUGUCUUUGGGUACAAUUCUAUGAUUGGUGCUCAUCAGACCAAAAACAUUCAGUGGUGAUUGGGGAUGGUGGAGAAAAGCAAUUCACUCCACAUUUUAAUUACCAUUCUUGAAACAGCACAAAACCAAAACAUGGCUAUCCUUUGAAAGUCACACUUUUCUGAAUUUUGCAGUACACUUCUCCAACCAGAUAUUUGUCUUAGGGGAAGUGUGCAUGAAAAGACAUAUGUUCAUGACCAUAUGAUACAGAAAUGCAUGAACAAUAUUGGGGAAAUUGCUUGCAGAAAUGUAUUUAUUAGGGGAAACCUGCACUAAAAUGCUGAUGGUGUUUUCUGAAUACAUAAAAAAGUACAAACUGGUGUGGAAAUGUGAGGAACUAUUUAAAAAAAAGAGAGAGAGAAAUCGAGAUAAACUGAAAUUAUCAGAUCAAACCAUCCCUAGGUGGUAGAUUUUUCUGAUGGAGGGGGCCAGGAAAGCCCGUGGAAUGUGCUUUUUACAGUGGACUCCCUCAGAAAGUGGUAGACUCCCCUUCCUUGGAGGUUUGUAAACUGAGGUUGGAUGGUCACCUGCCAGGGAUUCCUUUGCUGUGAUUCCUGCAUUGCAGGGGGUUGGACUAGAUGACCCUCAGGAUCCCGACUCUACAAUUCUAUUAUUCUAUGAAGGGCCCUGCAAAACCUGGAAAUUACUAGUUUUUUUGUUUGUUUUGUUUUUAGUACAAACACUUAAAAUGAUGGUUGAGUGUUACCAGCUUGCACAUGUACUCACACAGAGACACACCAGGCUGUUUUAAAACCAGGCUAUACAGUGUUCUCCUGGAGUGGCCUGAGGGAGACCAUGGAAGUGAAGGAUUGGGUUGUGGUGGAGGCAACACUUUCCAUUGAUCUUUUGAGGGACCUGAGUUAGAGUCCUAGAAGCUCUGGUCUUCUGGGGAUGGCAAUAAGCAUCUGGAAUAUAGUACUUUUGCUGAAAUUAUACUGAAUAUGUAAUUUUAGUAUUUCAUAUUGUUUUGUUAUAUACUGCAAGCCACUUCGCUUGUUACUUUAAUAGCAAAGCAGGGUAUAAGUAUUCAGUCUAAUCUAACCUAUUAGAGGCUUUAUCCUUUGCCAUCUACAUCUUUCAUAAAUUCACAUAGGUUUCUGACAACAUUUACCUUCUUUUCAAUUCAGCUCUUGUAUGCUUUCAGCUCUGUCCUGGGAGAGACAUGUUCUUGCAGAAAGGAAAAUCUUCUAGGACUACAAUAGGAUUAAGCCUUGAGAGGAGGGUCUUCGGAUCAGCUGCUGAACUCAGAAGUGGCCUGUUCCUGUUAAAGGCCUAGUAAAAUGCCUUCUAAUACUUGCAAUGUGUGAAUUGGAUCUCAUUUUCAAGAACUUGAGUCCAAUGAGAUCUUAUUAUUUUUUAAAAAACAAAACAAACAAUAACAAGCAGAACAGAGGAGAAAUUGUUUCCCAGUUUCAUGAGGUAAUAACAAAAGAACUGGGUUUAAUACAGGGAUGGCCCAGCCAUGAGGUAAGGUGAGGUAACUGCCUCAGGUGGCAGAAUCCAUAGGGGCAGCACGUCCUGAAGUAAAUCUUUACCCCUCCCGUUGUUCCUGUUGUAGAUCUUCACUCACCUCUUCUUCCCUGGUAGAAAGGAGGACACCAUUUUGUGGUUUACCUCAGUUGCCAAAAUGUAUUGGGCCAAGCCUGGUUUAAUAUAGCAAAUGCAGACUCAUUUACUUCCUUGAAUUAAUAGAGGUGAGCCAACUCCUAGGAGCCAAGGGGGCUUUGCUCCCCCAAUAAAAUAUUUGAGGGGGCAGCCCCCCCAAAGAAUUGAUGGGCAUUCCAAUUCAAAUAGUGAGCGUUCACCACGUCAUGUAACCAAUUACCUGUCCCCCCCCCAUAUUUUAUUCAAGUUGGCACACCUGGAAGUAGAUCUCCAAGACAACAUGGAUCCUUUGGAUGGUGGUUUGGGAGAGAGGGAAGAAUGCAACUAGCUGGAAUAACAUGCAAAACAGAGAGAUUUCCCCCUCUUUUGGUAAAAUUGGUCUUAAUUCAUGCAAUCAUCUUGCCUAGCAAUUGAGCUGAGUAUCUCGGAAUACAUGGAAAUUGCUCUCAGCAGGGAACUGCCUCUCUUUCCAUUCAUCCUAUUUCUUAAUUCUCCCUCAUAAAAAAUGCCUGAAAAACUUGUGUAUAUGUAUGUGUUCCUUCCCCCCCUUCCUCAAUGACACAUUGCUUCUUUUUAAAAGAGAUAUGCAACUCUUUUAAAAAAGAGAGAGAGAGAGAGAGAGAGAGGAGGAGGAUUGAUUCUGAUGUGACAUUGUGUUUCAUGGGAGAACAGCUGUUGGAGUGAUAGCCUUUAGGGACCCAAACAUUGUCAAGAAAUGGAGCUGUAGGAUUCAGCCUCAGUCCUCAUAUAUACAUUGGUACCUCUGGUUGUGAACGGGAUCCGUUCCAGAGCCCAAUUCGCAACAUGAGCAGAAUGCAACCCGUGUCUGCGCAGGUUGCGAUUCGACGCUUCUGCGCAUGCGUGUGACGUCAUUUUGAGUAUCUGCGCAUGUGCAAGCAGCAAAACCCAGAAGUAACCCUUUCCAGUACUUCCAGGUCGCUGUGGAGCGCAAGCUGAAAAAAAUUAACCUGAAGCAAACGUAACAACAUAUGAACCUAAGGACAUUCUGUAAGAAAAGCAGGUGCUCUGCCAUUGAGGUAUGGCAUUUCCCAAAGAGCUAAAAGUCUUCCUGUUGGUUCUCUAGGAUUGCUUUACAGUACAUGCACCAUCACAACAGGCACACACAGAGCAGGCCUUCUAUACCUACCUUAUAUCAGGGGUAAGGAGUAUUUUUCAACCCAAGGACUGCACACCCUCAUGAUUAACCUUCCAAAAGGCACAUGCCAGUGGUGGACAGGGCCAGAAGCAAAAGAAGGCAAAGCAAUGGAUAUGAGCCUUAUCUUUGUAAAAUAGGCUACAUUGCCAAAUGUUUACCACUCUCCUCCCUACCUCAUCCUGGUAACCACAGAACAUUGUCACAGUUCAAUAACACAUUCCAGCUACACACAUAGGAGCCAAUUCCUAAGGACUGUGGGGGCGUCGACCCCCAUAGUAAAAUAUUUGAGAGGGUCAGACCCCCACAAAGUUGAUGGGUAUUCCCAUUCAAAUGGUGUGUGUGCACUGUGUCAUGUGAUUGAUUAUGCAGGGUGGGGCUUACCUGGGCCCCCACAAUAUUUUAUUCAAGUUGGCAGCCCUGGCUGGCAAAAGCACUCUAGGAAGGUGCAGGACAAGGCUGGUGAAAGGUGUAGUCUGAGGAAAAGGGGUAAGGCCUGUAGAAGUGUGGCUAGGAAGAGUGCUGAGGGCCAGAUAAAAAGGCCUGGAGAGCCACAUUCAGUGUUUCGGCCUAAGUUUCCCCAACUGUGCUCUAAAUCUAGGAACAGGAUGCAUAUUUCAGUGUAAGGAGAGAUGUAAAAUAUCUGCCCCCAUUUGUUUGUGCUCAGUGAACUUCCACCUAGGCUUUGAUAUUUACAACUCUCUCUCUCUCUCUCUCUCUCUCUCUGUGUGUGUGUGUGUGUGUGUGUGAGAGAGAGAGAGAGAGAGAGAGAGAUAGAUUGUAUGUUCACCCACUUGCUCUCACAGUCCUUCUAAAUGAAAACAUGCAAAACUCUGUAGUCACAGCUCAAGAUACUAUUACUGACAAUCUAUAUUUCAUAUAAGGGAUGCAGGUGGCACUGUGAUCUAAACCACUGAGCCUCUUGGGCUUGCCGUUUAGAAGGUCGGCGGUUUGAAUCCCCACAACGGGGUGAGCUCCCGUUGUUCGGUCCCUGCUCCUGCCCACCUAGCAGUUCAAAAGCACGCCAAAAAGUGCAAGUAGAUAAAUAGGUACAGCUCUGGCGGGAAGGUAAACGGUGUUUCUGUGCGCUGCUCUGGUUGCAUGCUGGACACCUGACCAGAAAAACUGUCUGCAGACAAACGUCGGCUCCCUUGGCGUGUAAAGCAAGAUGAGCAGCACAACCCCAGAGUCGUUUGCAACUGGACUUAAUUAUCAGGGCUCCUUUACCUUUACCUUUUUAUAUUUCAUAUAGGAACCAUCUCUGAUGGGACAUUUUGCUCAAGUUGUCCUAGUUCUGUUUGGCCAGUCCACUUAUGAUUCCCAUUUGCAUCUUAUUGUUUGUAUUUCCCCCCAGAUAAUAAAAAAGUCCAAAGCAUUAAUCUCUCAUUUGAUUUUAACCUUGCAAAAUAUAUUGUUUGGUUGUUAUUUAUAUGCAAAAGGAAAUUGCAUGAUUCUGCAUCAUUACUAAUAAUUUCAAGAUACAGAAGGACACAGGUUGCAAAAAAAAAGAAAAAAAGCCUUAUAUCUAGGAAGUUUUGGUCAAAUUAUGUGUGUUGAAGGAAAUUCAUCACUGGAUCACCUGAUCUAAAAAAAGGGGGGCUAUCCAACUAAGUUCUACUCAGAGUAGAACUACUGAAAUGAAUGAACCUGUUAGUCACAUCCAUCAAUCUCAAUGGCCAAGACUAACAUUGGAUACAACACACAAACUUUAUGGUGGAUUAGUGUAAAUGUUGUUUAAACUCCCCCCUUUACCUUAAUUGUGCACCCAUCAGAAGCUGUUAUUAGUCCUAGUGAGGGAAAAUACAGAUACCUUUACUCUUUUCGCAGGUGUGGCCAACUGUGGUUUUGAUGAAACCAGUGUAGUGUAGAAGUUGGAAUGUUGGACUAGGAUCUGGCAGACCAGGGGUUCAAAUCCUCACUUGGUCAUGAAAUUCAUCUCACAGCCUGACCUACCUCACAAAGUUGUGAUGGUAAUGCAUAAACAAACAAACCAACAAACAAACAACACAUAAUAGAGUGAUCAAGAUGGAUUGGCCAUGUUCCUUGUAAAAUUAGAAGCUGAUUUAAAGUUGCUCAUUAGUUUUUUUUAAGAUGUCCAGUCAUGAGAUGCUCCUAAAAUUCAUGGAUUGUGAAGACAUUGGUUCCCCUACUGCUAGAACACCAUUUCAGCACUACGGACAGAACUGUUCAUUUGGAUUUCCCAUUCAAUGUUAUCUUGAAAGAUAUUGGCACACUGAGUGUUUCCGUUUUCCUUCCCAAGUGGAACACUAUGUAAUUGGCAAAGUGUCACAGCCAACAGAAUUCCUGACCCUAUCCUGUCUCAUUGGAUCAAUUCAAUAGACCAUGAAUGAUAGAAGGUUACAGGCUUUGUCAGUACUUAUGCUUUCUUGGCCAAGAUAUGAGCUUGGCCAAGAUGUUAUAUGGCUCUUUAUGCAGUUUUUAUUGGGCAAUCGUCUAUAGUUCCAAACAAACAUUGGACAAUAGAUCUCAGUUGACAUUGGCAUUAAAGUAAAAUCACUAGACAUAGAUGAGGCACCAAUAAUUUGUAUUUCUCAUUCACAAAAUCCAACCAAUGCUUCAUGGGAAAAGCCACAUGUGUGGAAGAACUGUGUAACACAGUGGUAGGGAAACUUUUAUAGCCUAAGGGAUGCAUUCCUUUAAGAGAGUUAUAUUCCAGUGGUGGGCCAGUCCAAAGGCAAAGGUGGGUGGAGCAACUACAGUCAUACCUCGGGUUGAAGUAGCUUCGGGUUAAGCAUUUUCAGGUUGUGCUCUGUGGCAACCCAGAAGUAACAGAGCACAUUACUUCCGGGUUUUGCCACUCACACAUGCACAGAUGCUCAAAAUGACGUCACGUGCAUGCAUGGAAAAGGCAAAUCGCAACCCGCGCAUGCGCAGAUGCACGGACAGGGGUUGCGUUUGCUUUAGGAUGCGAACGGGGCUCCGGAACGGAUCCCGUCCGCAUCCAGAGGUACCACUGUAAUACAAAACUUAUCUUUGUACAGUAUACUACUUCCAGCAUGCACUCCCAUGCCCUUCUCUAUUCUUCAUUGUCAGGGCUGAUUCAAAUGCAGGUCAGCACUCAAAACACAGAGACAAGCAGAAAAGUUAACUCUUUAUUCAAGGAAACAACAUACAAGGCAACAAUGCCUCCGAACAGAACUGGCCCAUAUGAAACUGUUGCCAGGACUGAUUAUUCCUGUCUCCUGCUUCCCCCUAAGUCUCCUCUUCCUCAGCCAAAUGUUUCCUAAGCAGUCUUAAACUACGUCGGGGGAGACUUCCGGGUUGGCACCAUCGAUAAUGGCGGAUUCCCUCUGAGUCUCUGAGGGACCGGCUCCGCGGGAUCGGGUCUGACCGCUGCGGCGAAGCGGGGACCCUUUAAAAAUCACAGGUGGGUAAAGCCUGUGAACGUGGGGACUCGGCGGGCACCUUUUGUGCCCCCCCAAACUGCAAAGGGACCCCUUUAGGGGUGCCGGAGCGAGACGGGGUGAGUGGCGCGGUGCUGAGAGUUGACUGCUUUUUCCGCGGAGUGAAGCCGCACAGCCGUUAUUGGAGAGCGCUGACUUCUUCCUGGGACAAUUUGACCUCCAAAGUAACUACCCGUGAGUAGGAUAAAAUUGGAUUUAAAGGGGAAAAUAAUUUAAUUUGGCACCGAAGCGGGAAGGCAUAAACGGGAAGUCCGCCUUCCUUUCUUGUAAAUAGAUCAAAGCAAAGAGACUGUAAGCGGAAACCUUGAAAGACGUUUGAAAAAAGACUUAAAUCCUAACAUCAGAAAAGCGAUCUCCCCUCCGGAUUGCAGGAGAGGAGGGGGGAAAGGUCUGAACUGUAUCUACCUGCAAAAAAAGAGGGAAAGGAAGCUAAAAUCCACCGCUUAGAGCCUGGGAACGGACUGCCCUGAGACAAGGAAUGCUGCUCCGUGAAAAGCACUAUCGGUAAACAGAGUACUUUUGACAGCUAACUCUGCAAGAGAGAGACAGUGUUUCUGGACUUCUCCUGGCUUUAAAGUAACUGAUUAAGUGCAAUUGAAACUGUUGUUUUUUCAUGAAUUGGGGGAUUUAUAAGGACCAUUUUUUUUUCUUUCAAGUUGUAAGUUUUGACUGUUACUGUGUCCCCCUAGAGGAGGCUUGACAUUGCUACAAUAACAACUUGAGGCUUGGGGAACUUUCCAUUUCAAAACAAAUUCUAACCGUGGGACUGACCUUGGACUUCUUGAGAGUGUUAUGGCAGAUGGAAGAGGAAAGUUAGAGGAAAAAACUACUAGGUCUGGCAGACCCUAUCAGACAGACACUGCAUCGCAGUGAAGAGCUUCAACAUCUGGUCCUUCUGGACCAUCUGGAUUAUUAGGGGCUGCACCCCCACAAGUUAAAUCAAAAGUAAUGUCGUCUGAAGAUGUUUUGGCUCUGGCACUAGGAAAAAUUAAUGAAUCUUUGGAAAAUUUAACUAAACAAGUAGCUGAAACAAAUAAACAAGUAGCCGAAGCAUCAGUUAAAAUUGAUCAAAAUACUACAAGUAUCAAUAAUUUGGGACAGAAGGUGAAUACCAAUACAGAGACUAUUGAGAAAUUGUUACAGGAAUCUGCCUCGACCGGAAAGACAGCUGAAGAAGCAAAAGACAUAGCAACUGCCACUCAAGAGAAGAUACCACCGAUAUAUAGGCAACUCGAGGACCACGGUUUGACGUUGUCUAUGAUUGAAUUGAAAGAGAAACAAAGAAAUUUGAGAAUCAGGGCUGUACCAGAACUUGAGAAAGAUAACUUGAUUGACUUUCUUACGCAGGAAUUCACAGACUUCUGGCAACAGGAUUUGGGGAAGGAAGAAUUUAAGAUAGUGAGUGCAUUUAGACUUGGAAGAGGAGGAAGGAAGAAUAAGGUGAGAGACUGUUUGAUUACCCUUCGAACAAAAGAGGAGAGAGAUAAAAUCUUGAAUCUGCAUUACCAAAAGACUCUGGAAAUAUAUGAUUCAAGUGUGGAGAUAUUUAAGGACAUUCCAAAACAUCUUUUGGACUUAAGGCUUAAUUACGGAGAUCUGGUUGCCCUGCUGAGAAGUAAUAGAAUCAUCUUCAGGUGGGAAUUCCCCCAAGGCCUGUCUUUUAAAUAUAAAGGAAGAAAGAUAAAAAUAAGGUCAGUCAAUGAUAAAGAUAAAUUCUUGAAAGACCACGGAGAAGAUCUACAGAAAGAAGCGGAAUCUGGAGAAGAGCCAAAAGCACUGGAAAGAGGAAUAAUAGAUAUUUCAAACUUAUCUUUUGGAUUGCAUGGUCCAGAGAAAGUGAUACCACCGACAGAUCAAGAACAAACACUUGGCGCAGUUGGAGGUAAAGCAAAGUAACCCCAUCAUGGCUCUGCAACUUUUAAGUUGGAAUUGUAAUGGCCUCAAUUCUCCUCGGAAAAGGAAAAGUGUCUUUCAUUUACUAAAAAAGGAACAAUUGGACUUGAUUUGCUUACAGGAAACACACGUGAUAAGGCUACACAGGAAAGUUUUGAUUAACAAGAGAUUGGGACAGGAGUUUAUUUCAUCUGACAAAGUUAAAAAAAGAGGAGUAGUGAUUUAUGCAAAGGAGAGGUUAUCGCCGAAAUUUAUUUUUAAAGACGAUCAAGGAAGAUUUGUGGCAAUUGAAAUUCAAGUUCACGGAGAGAAUUUUUUGAUAGUAGGAAUUUAUGCACCGAACAAGGGGAAAUCUGAAUUCUUUAAAAAGUUGCAUGAGAUCUUAAUGGACUAUUUGGAUUACAAUCUGAUUUUGAUGGGGGAUAUGAAUGGAGUAGUAUCUACAUAUAUGGAUAAGGCACAAAGACAAGUGGUCACCAAGGAUGGUAGACUACCGAAAACAUUUUUUGAGAUGACAGACAGCUUGGACUUAGUUGAUACUUGGAGAACAAAGAAUCCCUUGGGAAGAGAGGGAACCUUCUUCUCUGAAGCCAAGAUGACAUGGACUAGAAUUGACCAAAUAUGGGCAACUAGAGGAAUGGCACCAAAGAUAAAGAAAGCGGAAAUUUGUCCAAAAACCUGCUCCGACCAUAAUGCUGUAAGGAUGGAGAUGAAACAAAUAUCAACUGGCUCCUUCAGAUGGAGGAUGAAUGACACCUUAUUCAGAGAUGAAGAAGUGUAUAAAAAGGCCCAAAAAACCUUGAGAGACUAUUUUGAGAUAAAUAUGAAUACUAAUGUAGAAAAAAGAGUAAUCUGGGACGCAAGUAAAGUGGUCAUGAGAGGGUUUCUGAUACAACAGAAUGCUAUAAAGAAGAGAAGCCAAAAUGAGAAGAAAGAUAAAAUAUUGGAGAAAAUAAAAGAAAGCGAGAAGAAAUUGAGAGCAAAACCAAAGUCGCAGGAGAUUUUGAGAGAAAUAAAGUUAUAUCAAGUACAAUAUAUGGAAAUGAUGAACCAGGAAAUAGAAUGGAAAAUUAAACAAAUGAGACAAAAAACAUUUGAAUCAGCUAAUAAAUGUGGGAAAUUGUUGGCUUGGCAAAUGAAAAAAAGGCAAAAAUUAAAUACUAUCACAAAUUUAGAAGUGGAAGGAAAGAACAUUCACAACCCAACUGAGAUUAGAAACUGUUUCCAGAGGUACUUUAAACAAUUAUACACACAAGGGCCACAGAAAGAAAUGGAUAUAGAUCGAUUUUUGAAGACAAAUGGAUUACAAAAAAUCUCUCAAGAAAGUAAAUUAAUGUUGAAUUAUAAAAUAUCUGAACAGGAAGUAGAAGGUGCCAUUCAAAACAUGCAAUUGGGCAAAUCUCCAGGACCGGAUGGGCUGACUUCUAGAUACUAUAGAUCCUUGAAAGAGUGGUUAGUACAACCUUUAAAGGAAGUCUGUAAUGAAAUAUUGGAGGGGAAAAGGGCACCAGAGUCGUGGAAAGAAGCGUAUAUUACACUUAUACCGAAAACAGAGACUGAAAAGACUCAGCUUAAGAACUACCGCCCCAUAUCAUUACUUAAUGUGGAUUACAAUUUUUUUGCAGACAUUUUGGCCAAGAGAUUGAAAAAGCGUUGAUGGAAGAGAUCCAUAAAGACCAAGCGGGCUUUCUCCCAGGAAGACACUUGUCUGACAAUUUGAGAAAUAUAAUUGAUAUUUUGGAAAAACUAGAAGUGAACAUAAAUACUAAAGCAGUAUUGAUAUUUGUGGACGCAGAGAAAGCUUUUGACAAUAUCUCUUGGAGUUUUAUGAAGAAGAACCUACAGGGGAUGGGGUAGGCCAAGGCUUUGAAAACGGUAUAAGUGCAAUUUACUCAGAACAAAAGGCUAAACUAAUUGUAAAUAAUGUGGUGACGGAAGAAUUUAAGAUAGAAAAAGGGACACGACAAGGCUGCCCAAUUUCCCCAUUGCUGUUUAUAUCGGUCCUGGAGGUUUUGCUGAAUAUGAUUAGAAGGGACCAGUUGGUUAAAGGUAUACAAGUCGGAGCUAAACAGUACAAAUUGAGAGCAUUUGCAGAUGACUUAGUACUGACAUUACAGGAGCCAGAAUCUAGUACCAAAAGGGUUUUAGAAUUGGUUCAAGAAUUUGGUCAGGUUGCUGGAUUUAAAUUGAAUAAGUUAAAAACCAAGGUUUUAGAGAAAAACUUAACACCGAUUGAGAAAGAGAGGUUUCAGAAUGAAAUAGGUUUAACAGUGGUUAAGAAAGUGAAAUACCUGGGAAUUAAUAUGACAGCAAAAAAUGGGAACCUAUUUAAAGACAACUAUGAAAAAUGCUGGUCUGAAGUGAAAAAAGAUUUAGAAAUUUGGUCAAAUUUGAAGCUUUCACUGCUGGGUCGUAUUGCUGCGAUAAAAAUGAAUGUAUUGCCUAGAAUGUUGUUUUUGUUUCAAACAUUGCAAAUUGUGGACAAAAUGGAUUGCUUCAAGAAGUGGCAGAGAGACAUCUCUAGAUUUGUCUGGCAGGGCAAGAAGCCCAGAAUAAAAUUUAAGAUAUUAACUGAUGCAAAGGAAAGGGGUGGAUUUGCCCUGCCAGACUUUAAACUUUACUAUGAAUCAGCAGCUUUUUGCUGGUUGAAAGAAUGGCUGCUUCUUGAAAACACUGACAUUUUGGACCUAGAAGGUUUUAAUAAUGUAUUUGGAUGGCAUGCAUAUCUGUGGUAUGAUAAGGUCAAAGAUUGGAAGAAAUUUAAGGACUAUCUACAGAAAUAUUGUAAAAUUAAUGAAUGUUAGAAUGAUGUUGGAUAGAAAUUAAGUGGUUUUCAGCUGUAAUACUAUAAGGGAAUAUGAAAAAUGGAUUAUUAAUAGGUAAAAAUUUAACGUUACAAUAUUUAAAGAUUCAAGAUUAGGAUAAACAAAGAGGGUAAGGAUUUGCUGAACCAACAAACUGAACUGGAAUACAAAAAAGGGAGGCGUGGGACUUCCGGGGUGGCGCCUCCGGAAAAUGGCGGAAUUCCCUUCGGACUGAAGGGAACCCGCUGCACGGAGGCUUGGGUCCUGCCGCUACGGCGCAGCGGGGACCCGCAAAAACCACAGGCGGAAGAAGCCUGUGGACGUGGGACUCGGCGGGCACCGAGAGCGCUCUCUCCCCUUGUACAGGAGCUCGGUAACGGGCUCCGGAGUGGGAGGUGCGUGGUGCUGUGAGUCGUCUGCUUCCUCCGUGCAGCAAAGCCGCACUGCCGUUAUCGGAGAGCGCUGCCUUUUUCCUGGACAAUUUGGCAUCUAAAAUAUCUAUCCGUGAGUACCUGAUCUCGGAAGAGCUGAACCACUUUUAAGACUGGUGAAAAAAAACAAACAAAUAAUAUUGGACUUGAAAUUGAACUUAAUUGGGACUCGGAAUGGGAAGGUCUAAACAGGAAGUCGCCUUCCGUUCUUUUGUUAUGUGAAGAAAGCAAAGAUAAAAUAUAUUAAAGCUUGAAAAUUAAAUUUUAAGAGAACUAGAAUUCAACAUCUAAGAUAUCUGAACCCCCCCUUCGAUUGCAGGAGAAGAAGGGGGUUGUAUUUGGACUCUUUAAUCCUGCGGAAGUGAGUUUAAAAUAAAGCAAUUUUCCACCGCCCUGAACCAGGAGCGGACUGUCAGAAUUGACGUUCUGAAGUUUAUCUAACUUGACAGUUAGUUAAAAGAAGGGUAACAUUUUGAUUCUACUGUUGCCUCUUGAAUUUGGAAGGGGGAAUUCUGGAUAAAGUGUUUCUGGAAAAAGAAAGAUUGUUGCUGUUGCUUUUAUUCCUUAUAAAAAAAAAAUAAGAAUUUCCAUCUAGUGGAAUUCAGUGAAACUGCAACGCAGAGAGACUAAAAGAGAAGGACUAUUGGACUAUUGCCGUGGGAAAGAAUUUUUUUUUUGACCUUGAAGAACAAUGCUAGUACAAAGGCUUGAACAAUUGUUCAUGGAAGGCUUUUCAAAACUAAGUGCCCAGCUGGACCAGAUGUGUGAGACGACCUUGAUGAUGGAAGUCACCAGAGCACAGCAGCAAACAAAUGAAAUUCAGUUAAAGGCUAUACAAGUAUAUGAACCUGCUGUAGUGAUGGAGGCUUCAGAGAUAGAGGGACCUUUGGACGGGCAAGAUCAGCCUUUGAACUUGACAAAUGAACUUGGGACAAACCAGAUUCGGAAAGAUGAAAUGUGGUUAGAUUUGGAAAUGGGGGGAUGGAUUGACCCCCCUCCAUAUGGUUAUUUGGACCUUCCGAGUCUGGUGAUGGGCUAUCAGAGGAUUGGAGCAGCCGAAGUCUCCAAGCUUUGUGGAAAUCUGAAGUGGUAUUACUUGCUGUCUGGCUUGGGCAAUGGGUUUGGGAUGGACUUGCCGCAAAGGGUCAAAAGCAUUUUCUUGCUGGAGCAUCCACGACUGGAAAGGAAUCAUCAACAAGAGUGGCGAAAGGGGCAAGACAGAGACUUGAGGGCCUCGGAUACGAGACAACCAGGUUAAGAGGUUAAAAGGACUGACACUCCCGCGGCCAGGCGAGGGGAGGUUGGAAGCUGACUGGAUUGAAUUUGACUUAUUAUUCUUUCUUUUUUAUUUUUUAAUAUUGGGAAUGCUUAUAAAUGUUUGAAGGAUGUUGAAUGAAAUUACAUGGCUUAAGUAAGGAUUGGUAAAUGAUUUGUAAAAAGGUUUAAAGUUACAUGACAAGAGGGAAAAUAGAAUAAGGAAACGUAAUGGCAGAUUGUUAUGAAAAAACAGAAAGGAUUUGCUGUAAAAAUUAAAAAUUAAGAAACAAAAGAGGGGAGGAGGAGGAAGUCUAGAAAGGAAGUCAAUAGAUAUUGUAUAGGACUUAAUAUUUUUGUUUUUCUGUUUCUCUUUUUUCUUUUUCUGCGGCUGGGUUUUCUUUUCUUUUUUGUGUAUGUACUAUUUUUGUUUUUUGUAUUUUCAAAAAAAAAUUUUUCUUUUUUUUUGGAAAUUUUCGUUGUUAUCCUUUUGAAAAUUUAAUAAAUAUCAAUUAUAAAAACAAAAAACAAAAAAGGGAGGCGUGAGGAGCUCCGGGAAAUAAGCUAAUGAAAAAUAAGUAAUGGAAAGAUUGAGUUGUUUUUAGCCAUUUCUAUUUUUGUAUUUUUUUCUUUUUGUUUUGUAACAUUUUGAAAAUCUUAAUAAAUAUCUUUUAAAAAAAUAAAUAAACUACGUCGGGGGAGGGAAGAACCUGUGCUAUUUGUUCUGCUACAAACAUAGCUCUUCAUGUCCUUGGAGGCAAGCUCAGUGGUUGCUUCUGCAGCCUCUGACCCCUCCUCCUCUGCUUCAUCUUCUGAGUCUGAACUGCUUUCUGCAUCUGACUCCAUUUGCUCACUAAAGCCUGCUGCCUCUUCAGCAUCCAACCAUUCCUCCCCACCUUCACCCUCUGUCCCACCAGCAAUCCCCGGGCUCUAAGACUUUUUCUGGGACUUCCCUGGGGGAUUUCCCAGCUGGUGCCUCCCACUACUCCUCGUCAUCCAGCCAGUCCCUGACAUCCAUCCAGACAUGCAAAAGCCAUUAUCAGAAGUCAAGGACAUAUUCCAGUCAGGAAAAAGCACUCAAGGAUGAUGUGACACAAGAGUUCAUCCUGGGGAGGGCUAGAGAGACCUGGAGGAUUGCAUUUGGCCCCUGAGGUUCCCCACCACAGGCAUAGCAGUCAACUCCUAGGGGCCGAGAGGUUUCUGGCCCCCCCAAUAAAAUAUUUGAGGGGGCUGGGCAUUGCCAUUCAAAUGGUGUGCAUGCACCGCAUCAUGUGAUCAGUUAUGCGGGGCAGGGCUUACCUGGGCACACCAAAUAUUUUAUUCAAGUUGGCACCCCUGACCACAGGUAUAACAAAUUCAUGUUUAAAGAUGCAUAGUUGCUUAGAUUUUUUUCUUAUAUGCCCCCCAGCACUAUCUUAGGGCAAGUGCAAUAUUCUUAGGAAAAUAUUCUGCAUGCACAGAAAGUAGCAUAGAGCACCUCUCUAUGUCCUUGUCUCCUUAAUUCAGUUUGAUUUCCUUGGGAAGGGUGAUGCCCACAAGGAGACUCAGCUCUGGCUGACAUGCAGAGAAAGGGUAGAUUAGCAGCCAUCCCCAGAUUGACAGGGGAAGGCAAUGGAGGGCACAAAAGCAACCUUGGUCCAACAGACCAGGAGCACUUCCUCCAGGCCGCCUGCCUAUCAGAGUGACAUAACAGAUGACACAGGCAGAACUGAAAAUUACUGCUGACACAUCCCUGCCAAUGCUCUGCCUUCUCUUUCUUCUCUUAGAGAGAGGAUACAAGGAAAUUGGGCUUUGAAAGCAGUCGUCAUGCAUGGCUUGCUGUGUUGGAUUGAAAUUCUUAAAAUGUUGCUGCAGCAAACUCCAAGGGGCACAGAGGCAACAUGGGAAUCACUUUGUGAGUCAAUUAAGUUCCAAGGAGUUGCAAAUAAAGGAUGAUGCAGGUUAUGUCUCUUCACCUCUGUCCUUCCAUUUCCUUCAUUCCUUUUGCACAGGGAGCCUGUGGCCCUUCAGAUGUUGUUGAACUCUUAAUACCCUUCAUCCCUGAUGCUGGCUAGGGCUGGUGGGAGUUGGAGACCAACAACAUAUGGAGGGUUGCAUCCUUCCCACUCCUAUUUUACAGUACACACUUGCACAGCUUCACCCUGUAGUGCCCACAUACACCACAAGUCACAGAACCAUAGCAUUCCCUCAAACACAUCCUGUUUGCCAUGCUUUGUACAGGAUUUGCACAGUUCCUCACUGCCAAGGCAUGCUGUCUGUCAGGCUAGGUGGGAACAAUGAUCAUAACAUAGGCAACAUAUGGGGCAAGGCAUGAUGGGAGCAGUCACUAAGUUAUCCUGGUGGUGACUUUAUAUCCAUUUUAGGCAAACUUGAAGGAGUCAGUUCUUCAAAGUGUGUGUUACUCCUUUCUGAUCUUCAGCUAUCACAGACCAGCCCCUUCUUUAUUGCUCAGGUCACACAACUGGAAACCAACAUCUACUCCCUGAAGCAGCUCCUUCUCUCCCCCUAAUGGCAUAUUUCAGAGCAUUUUAGAGGACAAGUUGGUAUCCUUCAUUCAAUGUAGAGAAAAUGUCUAGACAGGCAGGUGAAUCUUACUUCAACACUAGCAAUUGGGGCAAUAUCCUCUAGUGAACCUAAGGGCAGUGAGUUAGCCCAGAGGGUGUAUGGUACGUGUAGCUCUGAUCUCACUGAGGGUAAUGGUUGGAGGGAUCAAGAGGACUUGCUGUGAUAAGCUGCCACUACUUCCCAUCACUCACACCUCAAACACUUGCCACUUAAGGAGACUGCCACUCUGCCUAGUAGUAAGGCCAGCACUGACUUCAACUCCCAGCAUGGCCAAUGGUGAGGGAUGAUGGGAGUUGUAGUCCAACAACAGCUAGAGGACCAUAAGCUCCCCACCACUACUUUUGCAUUUUCCAGAUCCAUGUAAAGCUAGCUGGCUGGCUGCCAGAGCCUUGUAUCAGAACACCACAAACAUUCCUGGACUUGGUAAGUUCUACUCCCUUCUUUCUUUGAAUCCACUUACGGCUUUUAGUCUCCCGCUCUCUCUCUCCCACCAUGCUUCUUUUCCCCCAACACACCAUGUGCAUACCUCAUAUUUUCCCCUGGGAAAAGGUUUCCUAGCACAGGAACCUUUCAUCAUCCAAAUGUUGUCUAUAUCCCAUCAGCUGCAACCAGCAUAGCCAAAGAUCAAGGAUGAUGGGAGUUGCAGUAAUAAUAAUAGUAGUAAUACCACCACGAAGAACAACAAAAAUAAUACCUCUGGGAGGAAGGGCAGGGUAGAAAUCAAUCAAUCUAAAUGAAUGAAUGAAUGAAUGAAUGAAUGAAUACUACAAUUACACCUGAGGCAUAGAAGUCAUUCCAGUGUGCUAAGCAUUUGAUGAGCAUUACCAUCAAUAUCACCCUCAUCCUGCAGUGAAUGAUUUGUUCCGAAAUAUGCCAAACCCAAAAUAAAUUUCAUCUCAAACACAAGAAUCCGCCUCCCCCCCCCCCCAUGCCAGUAGCAAUUUCUCCAUUUUGUGGUUGUUUUUCAGAUAAAAGCAUAGCAAAUUCACAGCACUGUAAAAUAGCAGAACAGAAGAAAUCUGCUCACCCUUAA